GAUCAUGAAGCUCUUGAAUGUACUUCAACCCCAAUUCCGUUGUCAAGUCCUGAUCUUAAACGUGAUGAUAAAUAUCUUCCUUUAAUUCGAUCAAAUAUAUUUCAAUCAUUUCACAAAUUUCAUCCAAACUUUGUUAUAUAUAAUGCUGGAACGGAUUGUUUAGAGGGUGAUCCGUUGGGAGUUAUGAAUCUUUCAUCUGAUGCAAUUUUAAAAAGAGAUGAACUUGUUUUUCGAAUGGCUCUAGAUCAUGGAAUUCCUAUUGCUAUGGUUUUAAGUGGUGGCUAUCAGAAGAAAAAUGCUGAAAUUAUUGCAUCAAGUAUUCUACACCUGAUCAAGAAAUUUGAUCUGUUAGGGAAACGUAAUAAAAGUUCUGAUAAGAGUCUCAAUUCACCCUAA